AUGGCUACUACCCCCCCCGCGGUAUCAGACUAUGAGCUCCUCACCGAGCACUUUGGCUACUCCCCGGUGGCUCUCCUCGACGACAUUAUCAACACGGUAAACGUGCUCGCCGACCGCGCCCUCGACUCCGUCGAGCGCCUCCUGCUCUCCAUCCCGCCCUCCAACCUGGGCUUCAAACCCCCCAAGACCAGCGGCGGCGACGACGACGACGACGCCGCCGCCGCUGCUGCUUCUGCCGCCGCCGCCGCCGCCAGGCACGAGAUCGAGCACGGCACGCACCAGCUCGAAACGCUCCUCAACGCCGCCAUCGACAAGAACUUUGACAUUUUCGAGCUCUACACCAUGCAGAACAUCCUGACCGUCAAGGCCGCCGACGAGCCCUUCAUCCGGCUGUCCCACUACGACGGACUGGACCUGUCCGCGCAGCCCGCCCUGGACAAGGUGGCAGACCUGCGGGGCCGGCUGCGCGCCAGCCAGAAGCUGCACGUGGCGCUGGAGGCGGAGAGGGCGCGCAACGACGCCCUGCUGGGCAGGCUGAAGGCGGCCCUGCUGGCGCGAGCCGGCGACGACGAGGAGCCUGGCGCCGGGGGCGCCCAGCACGCCGGCCCGCUGGCCUUCUUGCGCGACAGCGGAAGCCUGGCGCAGGGGGGCGCCGACGCGCCCAUCACCACGACCGCCGAGUUCGCCCUGUCGCAGCUGCAGCCUCUGCGGGAGCUGUCCUCGGCGCUGCGGACGCUGCUGCCCGAGCUGGCGGCCGAGACGGAUCCCCAGGCGGACCACGGGUCGUGGCGGCGACAAAGAUCAGAGUACGUCGAGAGCGCGACGCGCAAGUACCUCGAGCGGACGGGCGGCCUGGACCUCGGGCCUUCUGGCGAGGUGCGCGACGGGGAGUGGCAGGGCGGAGGGCCGUCUCUGACCAGGAGCGACGUCGAAAGCUUGGAGAAGGCUGCCUCGAUGCUCCAGUCCAGCACGGCCAAGGGGCCAGGGCCACAAGGGCCCGCGGACGACGGAGAACAAGGUCGUGCGUCCACGACCCCGUGA